CCCCCACCUCUCCGCUUCAGCUCCGCCUCCAGCCUCCAAGUCCGCCACCCCCCCCCCCACCUCCCUCCGCGCCAUGGAGCCCAAGAAGACCACGGUGUGGGGAAACCUGCGGCAGAAAGCCAAGCCGCUGUUCCGGAACAUGAGGAAGGGGAAGCUGAACGGCCGAGGCCUGGGGAAGAAGCAGCCCCUGAGCCACCGGCUCAGCAUGUCCGUCCCCGAUCUCCGGUGCACCGAGGACCCGCCCGCCGACGUGCCCGGCGCCUUCUUUCUCCUCGACGACGACGACGACGACGACGACGUCGACGGCGGCCUGUCCUUGAGCGGCUCCUCCUGCACCUCGGCCCCCGGAGCCGCCGAGAGAGUUCCCGCGCCGACCGCGGCGAAGAACGGGGAGACGGCGCCAGCGAAGAGAGAGGUUUUAGCCGAAGGGAGGAGGCCUGCGGACAGGCGGACUCCGCCCACAGAGAGACUGACCGUCGACAAACCGGCCGCGCCCACAGAAAAGGCGACCGCGCCCACGGGCAGGCCGCACAAGCCUGUGCAAAGACUGGUCAUCCGAGCGGAUAAGCGGAUCGUGCCGGCAGAGAGCCUGACCGAUACCACCGACAGCCUGACCGUGGCCUCAGAGAGAGCGACCGUGCCUGCAGAGACCGUGACCGCGCCAGCAGAGACGGCGACCGUGCCGGAUGAAAGGGUGACCGUGCCUGCGGACAGGGUUACCGCACUUUCCGAAACCAUGACCGGGACUUCAGAAGGAACAGAUGAGCCCACGGGCAAACUGACCGUGCCGGCAGAGAGAGCAGCCCCGUCAGCUGAAAGAGUGACCGCACCCGUGGAGACGGCGACCGCGGCGUCAGAAAGACCGAACGAGGCCACUGACGAACUGACCGUGCCCGUGGAAAGAGUGGCCUCGCCCGUGGAAAAAGUGACCUCGCCCGUGGAAAAGUUGACCAUGUUCUCAGAAGGAACAAACGAGCCCGCUGACAAACUGACCGCGCCGGCUGCGACCGUGACCGUGACCGCGCCAGCCGAAAAGCCGACCGCGCACACCGACAGGCUGUCCGCGCUGCAGCAAAAGCUGGCCGGGCUGGCGCACCGCGUCCGCGCCGACCGCCAGCCCCGGGCGCCCGCCAGCGCCAGCGCCAACCCCAGCCCCAGCCCCUCCCCUCGGCCCAAACGGAUCUACUCCUUCGGCGACGCGGAGCCCGAGCUCUGGAGGCGGAAGGAGCCGAGCGGCGCGGAGCUCCUUGCCACUCAGCUGGAGGAGGCCGAAAUGGACUCCUCAGAGGACAGCAACGAGAUCAAGGAUGGCAGCGAGCUUGACCCCACUGCCAUGCCGGAGGAUCAGGUGUCUAAGGGGGCCGGUGAGGGCACGCCGACCGCGGGGCAGAAGACCUUCUACCUCCUCACCAUAACCCUGAAGGAGGGCAAGAACCUGGUGAUACGGGAUCGCAAUGGCACAAGCGAUCCGUACGUCAAAUUCAAACUGGACGGCAAGAUGUUCUACAAGAGCAAAGUGGUCUACAAGAACCUCAACCCCACGUGGAACGAAUCCUUCUCUUGUGCUGUCAAGGACCUGGAUCAGAGCCUCCAUCUCAGGGUGUAUGACCGGGACCUGACCACCGAUGACUUCAUGGGUGCCACCAGCAUCAAGCUGAGCGACCUCGAACUGGACAAGACCUGUGAGGUGGUGCUCCCCCUAGAGGACGCAAACAGUAUUGAGGACGACAUGGGCACCAUUCACAUGGACAUGAAUCUGGCAGUGAGAGACGCGGAGCCUAAAAGAAACAGAUGGCUAAGGAGGAAAAGAAGCAUUAAGGCUGCCGGGCGAGCCCAGGCCCUGCAGAAUUCGGUGGACCUCCUGAGGAAGAGCCAGCUGUGGAGUUCGGUGGUGGGCGUGACCCUGGUGGAGGGGAAGGACUUUCCCGAGGACGGCCUGGGGGACGUGUUUGUGCGCUUCAGGCUGGGAGACCAGAAGUACAAGAGCAAGUACCUCUGCCGGCAGGCCAACCCGCAGUGGCGAGAGCACUUCGACUUCAACCAGUUCCAGGAUGGCCCCGAACUGCUGGAGGUGGAGGUUCUGGCUAAGGAUGGAAGGAAGUUUGAGGAGUGCUUGGGAGUGUGUGACGUGGAUCUGGCGCGCGUGCCCGUCGGGCAGUCUCAGCUGUACACGCGUGUGCUGGGUCACGGAAAGGGCAGGCUGGUCUUCCUGGUCUCUCUGACGCCCUGCACGGGGGUGUCCAUCUCAGACCUGUGCACCCCCCCACUGGACGAGCCGUGUGAGAGAGAGUCCCUGCAGGAGAGAUAUUGCUUGAGGAACUCCUUCCAGAACACGCGAGACGUGGGCUUCCUCCAGGUGAAGGUCAUCAAAAGCACGGACCUCCUGGCGGCGGAUCUGAACGGGAAGAGCGAUCCUUUCUGCGUGCUGGAGCUGGGGAACGACAGGCUGCAGACUCACACCAUCUACAAGAACCUCAACCCCGAGUGGAACCAGGUUUUUACCUUCCCAGUCAAAGACAUUCACGAUGCCCUGGAGGUGACCGUUUAUGACGACGAUCGGGACAAAGCGCCGGACUUCCUGGGCAAAGUGGCCAUCCCUUUGCUUUCGAUUCACAACGGUGAACAGAUCCCCUACCAGCUGAAGAGAGAGAACCUGGACAGGCCGUACAAGGGCAGCAUAACCUUGGAGCUGGAGGUUCUGUAUAACCCCGUUCGAGCAAGCAUCAAAACCUUCCAACCCCAGCAGAAUAAAUUCAUGGAGGAUGACCCAAAGUUUUCCAAGAAGGUGCUGGCGCGGGACGUGUACCGCGUGAGGAAGAUCACGCGCGCCGUGCUCUACACACUGCAGUACAUCAAGAGCUGCUUCCAAUGGGAGAGCACGCAGAGGAGUGCCAUCGCCCUGGUGAUCUUCGUCUUCACAGUGUGGCACUGGGAGUUCUUCAUGCUGCCGCUCUUCCUCUUCCUCCUCAUCGUUUGGAACUACGUCCAGGUCGCCACCGGGAAGGUCAGCAGCACCCCCGACUUGGAAGCCAUUGACGUAGGAGAUGAUGAAGAGGAAGAGGAGAAGGAUGGAGAGAAAAGAGGACUGAGGGACAAGAUUCACAUGAUUCAGGAGGUUGUGGUGACCGUUCAGAACCUUCUGGGAGAACUCGCGUGCAUUGGGGAAAGAGUCAAAAACACUUUCAACUGGUCUGUGCCGUUUCUGACUAUCCUGGCCAGCCUGGUCCUCCUGGUGGUGACGGUGCUGACGUACUUCAUCCCCCUGCGCUACAUCGUUCUAAUAUGGGGAAUUAACAAAUUUACCAAGAAGCUUCGGAAGCCGUACGCCGUGGACAGCAGCGAAGUGCUGGACUUCCUCAAGCGCGUGCCGUCCGACGUUCAGAAGGUGCAGCACCUGGAGCUGAGAGCCACCAGCAGCCAGACGCCCGCCAGGAAGAAGCGCUGAAGGCCGCCGGCCCGGGGAAGACUCCACCCGAGGGCGCCAAGGACUGUCGCUGCGCUCACCGCCAUUCGCUCUGCAGAGAACGUCAACUGCACUCACCGCCAUUCGCUCUGCAGAGGCCGUCAGCUGCACUCACCGCCAUUCUCUCUGCAGAGAGCGUCAGCUGCACUCACCGCCAUUCUCUCUGCAGAGAGCGUCAGCUGCACUCACCGCCAUUCUCUCUGCAGAGAGCGUCAGCUGCACUCACCGCCAUUCUCUCUGCAGAGAGCGUCAGCUGCACUCACCGCCAUUCGCUCUGCAGAGAACGUCAACUGCACUCACCGCCAUUCACUCUGCAGAGAACGUCAGCUGCACUCACCGCCAUUCGCUCUGCAGAGAGCGUCAACCCCGCUGUAAUGCGUACAAACACUGAGGCUUCCCGGCUAUCUGCGUUUAGCACUGCAUCAGCGCUGCCAACCGGAAACACUUCUCACUUUACAAUGUGGCUGGUGUUUAACUUCAUUUACAGCGCUCCUGGUGGGGUGUUUACAUUCUCACAGCUCCUGCUGUUAUUGCUGCAUUGACAUUCCAGCACAUUUUGGCGUAAUAAAAAUCUCAAGGAAACUCUUCCCAACGACUGGAAAACGUGGUAAUUGUUUUAAACGUGUAAUUGAAAGAUUGAUUCGUCCGAAAUGUUGAGGGCACAGUCAACUAAAGCUUGUUUAAAAAAAUUGCUCACCCCAAAAAUACUCUAAAGCAUCUGAAUAUACUUUAUAUAAAAAUAUUUGCAUCUAACAUUAAAAGCCGUACUAUUUAAUUGGGGGUAAGAGGGUGGGAUUAAUAACCAUACUCCUUUUAAAAAUAUUCUCCUUUUUAAACCGUAUCAAUAAUGCUGGUGCUGACCAUGAACAAGGAACUGUAUUCUGUAUUGUAUGCAGUAAUGCACUGUUUUCCUAUUAGUUAAAAUGCCACAGAAUAUUGCUGAGGGUUCUGUGGCAAAUGUGAGGGAUUUAUUUACCAUGUAAUUAUAAUUUUAUAUAAGACAUAUUCAAUAACACGGGUGCUUUUCAUCACCAUUUUACAGCACCUAUUGAUAUUAAAUUGAAUGCUAAAUAUGGUUUUAUGGAUGAACAUGUUGAUGGUUUUAUGUUUAUAUUCUCUGAUGUGUCCGAAUGUACGGAUUUGCUGUAAAUACCUUUAUAAAGAAAUAGGAAACGGG